AUUUCCUCAGACAAAUUCAGAAGAUCAUGAUAUUCUAAAUUUGGCGGAGAACAUACGAGCGCAGUAUAAGAGAGCUUGUGCCUUAUUAAGGAUUCCAUCCAGUAAUCCCUAUGACACUGAAGUUUCUUUUUAAUAGGAUAAAAAAAUUUAGUAUGGAAUCGAGUAUAGCUAAAGUGAAAUGUGAUUUAGAUGCCGCCACAACAUUCCUCGAUCAAUACUUACAUCUUGCUAAUUGUCAUAUGGUUGAAUUCUUCACCGAGAGCCAUUGGGACAGAUUAGUGCCAAAAAAACUCAGGAAUUAUCUAGACGUAUGUGAAUUAUCUCAAGCCAUUGAUAACUUUUGGAAGUAUGCUGAUGGAAAUUGUUGUGAUGAUAAUGAAUUGAACAAAUGGAUCAAGGAAUCAAGGAAAUAUUACACCGCAUUAAACACAUACUGUAUAUCAACGGAAAAACUACAAGAAAUAAUUAAGUCCUGGGGCGGAGAAAUAAAACCUCAAGUUCAAAUAACUGAGUUUAUGACAAGUAAAAAGAGUUAUGAAGUAAAAACUAUGUCCCACUUGAUAGCAUCACUGUGUACCGUCUGUGAUGUGACCCACUGUGUGGAGGCUGGUGGGGGUAAAGGUAACUUACCUGUGGCGCUCUCACUAAGUUAUCACUUACCCAGCCUUACUAUUGAUUGUAACCCAAUCGCUGUAAACAAUGGUGAGAAACGGGUUAAGAUUAUACAGAAACAAUGGCACGCCAUAUCAAAGAAGGUGAAAGAUGGCUCAAAACAUCUUGCAUCAGACGGCAUAGAAACCAAUCUUCACAGGUUCGCCGCAGCAUACAUCACUACAGACACGGACUUUGCGCGACUCGUCAGAGAGAAGUACCCGGAAUAUUCUGGAGAUGUCAAAUUACUUUUGACAGGUCUUCAUACAUGUGGUAACCUCGGUCCGGAUUCUCUCGUUAUCUUCACCACUAACCCGUCUAUAUCUUCGCUCUUCAACGUGCCUUGCUGUUAUCACCUCCUCACUGAGGACGUGGAUGUGGAACUGUUCGAUGUGUUCCAGAGGUACGGCGACGGCUGCGGCGGAAGCAAAGGAUUUCCAAUGUCUGAAGGUUUGAAAGGUUAUAAUUUAGGAAGAAAUGCUCGUAUGUUAGCUGCGCAAUCAAUACACAGAGUUGUUUACAAUAAACAGAUUCCGGACAAGGGGCUCUUGUACAGGGCUUUGAUACAGGUUAUUAUAAAACAACGUUUACCGGGCUUACCUGUGUCCGAGGGUAAGCUGAAAGGUAUAUCUUCGAAAUGUCAAAACUUCGACGACUAUGCCAAGAUGGCGGACGCAAUACUCAAAAUCGGCGUUGACCAAAACUCUGAGAUUUUCCUUGAAGUCCAAAAAGACAUAGAUGUUAAGUGGAAGAAAAUAGUUAUGUUUUAUUUAUUGCGGCUGUGUCUGGCGCAGGUCAUAGAGAAUGUGAUUCUAUUGGACAGAUUGUUGUUUUUAUUGGAAAAUGGUUUCCAAAAAUGUUUUCUCGUCAAAUUGUUCGAUCCCGUCACGUCGCCGAGGUGUCACGGGCUGGUAGCUGUGAGAUGCAGAAUGCCAGAAGGCGUGGAGGUGCCUUCGUAACAAUUAUAGAAAAGCCUUAAAAAACAGGGCGUACAAAAGCGGUGACGCUGCCAAAAAGAAGCGACCAAUUAAAUUUGAAAAGGAACUCGAAUUCCUGCAAAAGUUUUUUCAAGAUAGACCUCAACUCUCAAAUUUAGACUCAUCUUCCGAAGAUACACAGCUUUCCGAAGAUACGCAGCAUAUCGAAAAUACACAACCUCCCGAAACAGCAUUAACUGUUCCUUUUCCUGAAGCACAAUCGCCUGUAUCUCAAAUGUCAUUUUCAUCACAUGCAUCAGAUUCUAGACCAGCUAGACAUGUUCGUCAGCGAUCAUACAUGUCAUCGGAAGCACAGCAUACGGAAACGACAGCAGAAAUAUUAAAAAAAUAUAUUGAAAACCAAAAGAAGGAACAACAUCCUAUGGAGAUAUUUUUUCAGGCAAUGGCGGCAACAGCGAAGACGUUGUCACCAAAAUUACAAACUGAAUUAAAACGCGAUGUUUUACGUAUUGUUACUGAUGCAGAAAUAAAGCAUUUGGAAAAUGUGGAGUUAGCUUCAGCAGCGAAGUCGUCCUUCAACAUCAAGUUCAGGAUUCGAUAUUUCAAAUGAAUUUCAUUCAUCUCAGCAAUACGCACCAACUUCUGUUGCCAGAACCCAUAAUACAAUAAUCGAAAGAACAAAUUCUUUACACAAUUUUUCUUCAUUUAAUAAGCCCGAACAACAAUAUAACACCGAACCAAACUAUGGUACUACACAUAUAGAAUACAUACCUACUCCUAUAUCCAGACGUCAUAAUAAUAAUGAUAUAUAUGACAAUAACUCCAAUACUGAAUUGCCGGACUAUGAAAACUAAAAAAAUUAUAAUACUUUCACUUUUUGUCAUACUGUACUAUAGGUACAACUGGAUUGAUGGUCAAGUGCCACCAUGUAGCAGUUGUGGUAGAUAGCUGAUUAUAAAAAUAAAUAAUUACUAAAUA